AUGGUUCCUCUACCGUUACAAAGAACGAUGAAACGACUAGUACGUUUAAUAUUUUCUCCAAUUAUUUUCCUUUUCCAAUUCUUAUUGUCUGCCCCAAUUGAUGCUUUGGAUAAUAGAUAUCGUAUUAAAGAAGAUUUCUACAUCGUACCUUUUUUCUUCAAGGCUUUAUUCAGAUAUAUUUGGUCUAUUAGACAAAACAAAUUUCAUUGUUGGUACGUUUUUGAAAGAAAUGUAAAAAAUCAGCCAAAUAAUUUAUUCAUUAAGUAUGUUAACUCAAAUACAAACGUCCUACAAACUUUUACGUAUAAAGAGACCUAUGAUAUCGUAUUGAGAUUAUCAUAUCAUUUCGUUGAAUAUUAUAACAUUCAACCCGGUGAUCAUAUUGCAGUAGAUUGUACAAAUAAGCCUUUAUUCUUAUUCAUAUGGUUGUCUCUAUGGAAUAUCGGUGCUAUUCCAGCAUUCUUGAAUUAUAAUAGUAAAGGUCAACCAUUAGUACAUUCUUUAAAAAUUUCAAAUAUUAAACAAGCUUUCAUUGAGCCAGAUGCAAGACAAUCCUUUGUAGAAACAGAACCACAAAUUAGAAGAGAAUUACCAGAUUUACCAAUUCAUUAUAUCGAUGAACAUUCUUGGGAACAAGAAAUUCUGUUAAACAAUGAAGCUAAGGGAUUAUUACAAGAGCAUGAUAAAAGAUGUCCAAAGGGUCUGACAGAUUUUAAACCAGCCAUGUUUAUUUAUACUUCAGGGACAACAGGUUUGCCAAAGGCAGCAAUUAUGUCUUGGAGAAAAGCUAAUAUUGGUACAGAAUUAUUUGCUCAUGUUUUCCAUAUGAAUUCUGAAAGUAUUGUUUUCACAGCAAUGCCACUUUUCCAUUCCACAGCUGCUCUAUUGGGUGUUUGUGCUGUCUUAGCAAAGGGAUCUUGUAUUGCGAUGUCACCAAAAUUCUCUGCUUCCAAAUUUUGGGAACAGGUUUAUCAAAUUAAUGCCACUCAUAUUCAAUACGUUGGUGAAAUUUGUAGAUAUCUAUUAAAUUCUCCAAUUUCAGAAUAUGAACAAAUGCAUAGUGUCAAGAUUGCCAUGGGUAACGGUUUAAGACCAGAUAUUUGGAGAGAAUUUAAGGCAAGGUUUAAUAUUCCUAUCAUUGGUGAGUUUUAUGCUGCCACUGAAGCCCCAUUUGCCACUACAAAUUAUCAAAAAGCAGAUUUUGGUGUAGGUGCUUGUAGAAAUUAUGGUUCGUUUAUCCAAUGGUUUUUAGCUUUCCAACAAACUUUAGUUAAAAUGGAUCCAGAAGAUGAUACUAUCGUUUAUAGAAAUUCAAAAGGUCUUUGUGAACAUCCAAAAGUUGGGGAACCAGGUGAAAUGUUAAUGAGAAUAUUUUUCCCAAGAAAACCAGAAACUUCUUUCCAAGGCUAUUUGGGUAACAAGAAAGAAACUGAAUCGAAAGUUAUUCGUGACGUAUUUAGAAAAGGUGAUGCAUGGUAUAGAUGUGGUGAUUUAGUCAGAGAGGAUAGCAAUGGUUUAUGGUAUUUCAUGGAUAGAAUGGGUGAUACAUUCAGAUGGAAGUCUGAAAAUGUGUCUACUACCGAAGUUGAAGAUCAAAUUAUAGGUUCAAAUCCAAAAGAUUUUGCUCAAGUUGUCGUUGUUGGUAUUAAAGUUCCAACUUAUGAAGGUAGAGCAGGCUUUGCCUUGAUCAAAUUGGAUAAAGAUAAGCCUGUUGAUCAAAUACCUAACGAUAAAAAGAUUCAGGCAUUAAAUAAUAUGUUAGCAGAAAUAUCUGGUGAAUUGCCAAAAUAUGCUAUGCCUUUGUUUGUUAAAUUUGUAGAUGAAUUUAAAAUGACCGAAUCUCAUAAAAUUAGAAAGAAGAUUUACAGAGACCAAAUCUUACCUCAUGGUGAAGAUGGUAAAGAUACUUUAUUCUAUCUUUCAAAUUUCAAGGAAUAUAAAGUUUUAACUGAUGAUGUUUGGCAAGAUAUUCAACUGCAAAGAAUUAAAUUGUAA